AAGAUGUUCUUGCUGCCUCUUCCGGCAGUGGGGCGAGUUGCCCUCCGACGUCUGGGGUUGAAACGCUUCUGGAGUCAAGGUUUCGCUGCAGCAGACAUGACGAAGGGCCUUGUUUUAGGCAUCUAUACCCGAGAAAAAGAAAAUGACGCGCCCCCAUUUACAAGUGCGGGGGAGAACUUUGAUAAGUUGGUGUCUGGAAAGCUGAGAGAAGUUUUGAACAUAUCUGGACCACCGCUGAAGGCAGGCAAAACCCGAACCUUUUAUGGUCUGCAUGAGGACUUCUCCAGCGUGGUGGUGGUUGGGCUCGGCAAAAAGGGAGUUGGCGUGGAUGACCAGGAAAACUGGCACGAAGGCAAAGAAAACAUCAGAGUGGCUGUUGCAGCGGGGUGCAGGCAGAUUCAGGACCUGGAGAUCUCGUCGGUGGAGGUGGACCCCUGUGGCGACGCCCAGGCGGCUGCGGAAGGGGCAGUGCUCGGCCUCUACGAGUACGAUGAGCUGAAGCAGAAGAAGAAGGCGGUCGUGUCGCCGAAGCUCCACGGGAGCGGGGACCAGGAGGCCUGGCAGAAGGGAGUCCUCUUUGCCUCCGGGCAGAACCUGGCACGCCAGUUGAUGGAGACCCCUGCCAAUGAGAUGACGCCAACCAGAUUUGCCGAAAUCAUUGAGAAGAAUCUCAAAGGUGCUAGUAGUAAGACAGAAGUCCACAUCAGACCCAAGUCUUGGAUUGAGGAGCAGGGGAUGGGAUCAUUCCUGAGUGUGGCCAAAGGAUCCGAUGAGCCUCCCGUCUUCCUGGAAAUUCACUACAGAGGCAGCCCCAAUGCGAGUGACGCGCCCCUGGUGUUCGUGGGGAAGGGGAUUACCUUUGAUAGUGGUGGCAUCUCCAUCAAGCCUUCUGCAAACAUGGACCUCAUGAGGGCUGACAUGGGAGGAGCUGCCACUAUCUGCUCAGCCAUCGUGUCUGCCGCCAAGCUCGGUCUGCCCAUUAAUGUCAUCGGUUUGGCCCCUCUGUGUGAAAAUAUGCCCAGUGGUAAGGCCAACAAGCCUGGGGAUGUCGUUAGAGCCAAGAAUGGGAAGACCAUACAGGUGGAUAACACCGACGCCGAGGGGAGACUCAUCCUGGCUGACGCGCUCUGUUACGCGCACACCUUUAACCCGAAGGUCAUUCUCAAUGCCGCCACCCUCACAGGUGCCAUGGACAUAGCUUUGGGCUCCGCUGCCACCGGGGUCUUCACCAAUUCUUCCUGGCUCUGGAACAGACUGUUCGAGGCCAGUGUUGAGACGGGGGACCGUGUCUGGAGGAUGCCUCUCUUCGAACAUUACACAAGACAGGUGGUGGACUGCCAGCUUGCUGAUAUGAAUAACAUUGGGAAGUACAGAUCCGCCGGAGCGUGCACAGCCGCGGCGUUCCUGAAGGAAUUUGUGAGUCACCCGACCUGGGCUCACUUAGACAUAGCAGGCGUGAUGACCAACAAAGACGAGGUUUCCUACCUGCGGAAAGGCAUGACCGGGAGGCCCACGAGGACCCUGAUAGAGUUCUUGGUUCGGUUCAGUCAAGACAGUGCUUAGUUCAGAUACUCUAAAAUCCCUUCAUUCUCUCUUAAAUGGGCACCUGAGCUUCAACUAUUUUGCAGUGGAUGAAAGUCUUUUAAAGGAACAAAAGAUGGCAUUUAAAAAUGUAGAACAAAAUGAAAUUUGUAUGCCUUGAUUUGUUUUUCCAUUUUUAUGCAGGGGUUCAAAAAUAUAAAACUGGUAUCUUGUUUGGCAAAGAUUUUUAAUGAUUGAAUAUAUAUGAUGAUUGAAAUUUUUAAAAACUACCUAAUCACUUUUCAGAGUAUAUGUUUUUAAUUGAGGAGUAAAAUUUGUUUCAGAUUGUGGUGCCAGGAACAUGAACAAACUAAGUUACUGUGCAUUUGUCAGAACCAAUAAAGCCAGCUUUUUGUG